AUGUAUGUAGCGCGAUGGUUCGUAGAUUUGGGAUAUUUGGGCAUAUGCCUCGCAGCCUGGCCCCGUCUUGUGUGCGCGGUGAGGCCAAGAUGGAGCAGCCCCUGGACGCCGUGGAAGGAGCACCCCGCGAGCUCGGCCGAGGAGCUCCAGAAAGCCUUGACUGCCGUGUUGACAGAGGCCAACGCAGACGAGAUCGUCGAGGCAGAGGCCGGUGAUGCCGAGGCACAGGAACAGGAGCACAAGCUCAGGGAGUUGGCUGCCGGCAUCAAAAAGAGCUGGCAGAGCACAAGCGCGCAUGCUUGCUAUCAGCAGCUCGGGCACGUGAUCACCAACCUCACGCAGAGAUGCGAAGGCUUGCGGCCAGCAGCGGACUGGCUCCUCGAUUACCACGAGCCAGCAUUGCCGACAAAAACCUGUGCCGAGAGCGUCAUCGACAUUUUCGCCGAGGGACGGGCCCUGGUCGAGACCCUCCUCGUCUCCCGGCAUCAGGUGGCGGCCCUUAAAGUGCUCGACAAGAAGACGCUUCGCCGGUAUCAAGCGCUCUCCUUUCUGAGGAGCUGGCUGGUCGACCUCACCCGGACUCCAAACCAUGCCAUGAUGUGGACGGGUUUCUGGGAUGGCGACCCCCAUAACCGCACAACGAAAGCCAAACUCUUUGAGUUUGCCAAGGAAACCGACCAUGCAACCGUGCACCCGGACAGCUUCCUGGGCCAAGUCAUCAACCAGGCCCAGGACAUCGAUGCUUGCUACGCGGAUGCCCAGACCAACAAGCUUGCGAGCAACAUGUGGGCUAUGGCCAGCAUGAGCUUCGUCCUGGGGAUGCGCGAGAAGGCACAGGGCACCGUCAUUUCGCUGGUCAACAAAGAGCUCGAAGGAGAGCGCAGCUUGUCGCAGUCCGUGCUGUCCGCCCAUGAAAUCCCCACGGUGGGGCUUGCAGCUUGGGGGCUGGGCUUCUGGUCUCCAAGAGUGGUGCUGGUGGACUUGAUGGGCACCUGCGAUCGGACGAGCCCAGCACUGCAGAAGCAGCUCUUCGCUCGCCUGCCCUCCUGGGCCAAGUCCAUGAAGCACUGGAGCCCACAAGCCUUCGCGAUACGGUCGCGGCUGCGGUGGCAGUGCCUCGACUGCUCGGGCGCCUGCAGCCUGGACAACGCCUUGGCGGAGCACGUGGAGAAGUUGGUCAAGGCCAAAGCGACACAGGACCGGAAAGACCAGGAGCUCCGCGAGGCCAUGAACCCUCGAAGAGAGGCGCUGGCCGCGGCCGGGCUCGGCAGCCAGGAUCUUAACUUCGCCCAGGAGCUGGUUAAGGCGCUGAGAAAGCGGCGGGAUUUCGACAAGGCGUUCCGGGUAAUGGAGCGUACAUUCGCUUUGCGGAGAGAGCUGUUAGACCGACAGAGGAAGGUGCUGGCGGGUGUCGCAGCGCCCCGCCGUCCGACGGGGCAGCGGCUUGUGCCGCAGCUGCUUCUUGAGAAGGCGGACCCCAGCGCUCCGGACUGGCUGGGCAACACAGCCCUCACGCUGGCUGCCACGAAGGGCUUCUUGGGCGCGGUGGAAGCCUUGGUGCAGGCCGGGGCCGAAGUGGAGGCCUCCAACGAGAACGGCUUCACGGCCCUCAUCUGCGCUGCCUUGAACGGCCACCUGGAGGUGGUGGAGGCCUUGCUGAAGGCCGGGGCCCAGCUGGAGGCCCGCAGCAAGGAUGGCCUCACGGCCCUCAUAAGGGCUGCCGACAGCGGCCACUUGAAGGUGGUGGAGACCUUGCUGAAGGCCGGGGCUCAGCUGGAGGCCCGCGAUGAGCAUGACUGCACGGCCCUCACCUGGGCUGCCGAGAACGGCCGCCAGGCGGUGGUCGAGGCCUUGCUGAAGGUCCGGGCCGAGGUGGAGACACGCAGUAAGGAUGGCCGCACGGCCCUCAUGAACGCUGCCGACAACGGCCACCUGGAGGUGGUGGAGGCCUUGCUGAAGGCCGGGGCCGAGGUGGAGACCCGCGAGGAGCAUGGCCGCACGGCGCUCAUCCGGGCUGCCUUCGAAGGUCAUGUGGCGGUGGUGGAGGCCUUGCUGAAGGUCGGGGCUGAGGUGGAGAUCCGCGACAAGGGAGGCGCCACGGCCCUCAUGAGGGCUGCCAUGAAAGGCCACCUGGCGGUGGUCGAGGACUUGCUGAAGGCAGGGGCCAAGGUGGAUGCAUGCGACAAGAAAGGCAAGACAGCCGUCUUCUAUGCGGAAGUCGGAGGGCACCAGCAGAUUGCGAACAUCCUGAGGAAGGACCUCGCGGCCCAAUGA